AUGGCUCGUAUACACCUAACUACCGGUUUACUGGCAACUCUUUCGCUCAUAUCGGGGGGGUGGGCUGCACCUGCGUCACUAAAUAUCGUUGGGCGCGAUGUAGCACUUUUUGCAAACUACGACUAUAUUAUAGUCGGAGGCGGUACGAGUGGGCUUACUGUUGCUGACAGGCUAACUGAAGAUGCAGAUAAAACCGUUCUCGUCAUUGAAUCUGGGAACCUCGACGAUCAAGAAGACAGCGUCCUGGUUCCCGGGCUCGCAGGUGGUACCGGGAAAAAAUACAUGUACAACAUGACCUGCGAGCCCCAGCCUGGUAUUAAUAACCGCACCUACAGCUUUCUCGCUGCGCACGUUGUUGGCGGUGGGACUGUUGUAAAUGGUCAAGCUUUUGAUAGAGGGUCAAGAGGUGACUAUGAUUUGUGGGAAGCUCUGGGAAAUCAAGGGUGGGGAUGGGAAGGGCUACUUCCGUACUUCAAGAAGAGCGAGACUUUUACGCCCUCGCCACCCGAGAUUGUAAAGGAAUGGGGGAUAGAGUACGACCGUUCCGCGCAUGGGUUCAAGGGACCGGUUAUGUCUUCGAUGCCAACAUACUACUACCCUGCUAUGAAAUUUGUUUUCAAAGCCUGGAAACAACUCGGCAUCCCAUACUCUAGAGACGGUACAAACGGCAACGCACUUGGUGCUUUCUACUUCUCCAACUCAGUCGACCCGGUCACCCGCACCCGGUCCUACGCUAGAACCGCGCACUAUGAACCUGUUAAGGGCCGCCCAAACCUGCAUCUCUUGACUGGUCAAACUGUCACCAAAUUGGUUAUUGAGGGGAAAAAAGCUUCUGCUGUUAAGUUUGCGUCCUCGCCAACCGCUUCAACCACAACUAUAUCAGCGAAGAAAGAGAUAAUUCUUGCCGCAGGGUCAGGACAUACUCCACAGAUUCUGCAACUAUCUGGUAUCGGACCUAAGACGCUUUUAAAGAGUCUCGGGAUUCCGGUAGUGGUUGAUCUGCCGGGAGUAGGGGCGAACUUCCAGGACCACCCGUCGUAUUAUACUGCUGGAUUGUUCACGAAUGAUAUGAACCCGAGCCCGGCUAAUAUGUCAAACGCUACUUAUGCGGCGGAGAUGUUGGCCUUGUAUAAAUAUAAUCGCACAGGGCCAUACUCCAGCGGCUUCGGCACAGCGGCCGCCUUCCUAACCCUACCGGAAAUCGCCAACAAAACCCGAGUAUCGUCCCUCCUCAACCUCAUCCAGCGGCAAGAUCCCUCCGCUCACUUCCCAGCCAACACUGACGCAACCGUCAUUGCCGGUUACAAGUUCCAACGCACCCUCCUCACCUCCUUCAUGGCCUCGGGCCGCAUCGCCGUCAGCGAAAACGCCUUCAGCGCCCUCCCAGGCAUGCUCAACUCCCUCCAAAAACCCUUCAGCCGCGGCUCCAUCGCCAUCAACUCCACUGACCCGUUCGCAAACCCCGUCGUCGACUACCGCAUCUUCUCCAACCCCGCCGACGUCGAGAUCUUCGUCGACAUGAUCAAGAGCUUCCGCCGCGUCGUAGGCAUGCCGGCACUCAAGGAUCUCGGCCCAAUCAUAACGAACCCGGACCCUGCGACAGUGAAGUCGGAUGAGGAGAUCAGGGCGGCGAUAAGGGCGAAUGUGGUGCCGACGUUGGCGCACCCGAGCUGUACGUGCGCGAUGAUGAAGAGGGAGCAUGGCGGCGUUGUGGAUGCGCAGCUGAAGGUGUAUGGGGUGAAGGGUUUGAGUAUUGUGGAUGCGAGUGUGAUACCGCUGAUUCCUGCGACGCAUUUGUCGAGUACGGUGUACGCGGUUGCGGAGAAGGCGGCGGAUAUAAUAAAGGCGAGGGCGUAG